GACAGUCUAAUCAAGAUGGCGGACUGAGUGCAGAAUUCUUCCUACUCCAACUCAGAUAUUCCAUCUGAGCUAGCUCCCCCUUCACUGUCAGCUCUCUACGUGUCCACUCAGAGGAUGAGACGAGGAAGACACCGGACACGUUUGUUCCCAUUUUCGAACAGAGGGCGAACGUAAGCCUUGUCUUGGAGCUGUGGAAUAAAAGAGCGCUGGUAAAAGGCUUCUAAACAGACCGGGUUAACCCACUGCAAACUACAAGCUGCCAUUGUCCUACAGUCACAGCUAACAGGAUUUUAACGGUACUAGCCCCUCGUGCAGGAAAACCAGAAUAACUACUGAAGUCUACAGUGUCCUCAGAAUCUCGAAAAAGCGUGUUUUUCGAGGACGAAAUGACGGUCCCUGUUGUUGUUUGCUAUCAUCGGCAGCUGCGUAUAGCUCCCUGAUGGAUAAUGCAGGAUUGGAUGGGUUGUAAAGGCCACUGUUCCAGUACAGCAUGGAUAGCUACUUCAAGGCAGCUGUGUGUGAUUUGGACAAACUCCUCGAUGACUUUGAGCUGAAUACAGAAGAACUUGACUGCAGACCUGUUUUCCUGAAGCCCCCUCCACAACAGUGUUUAUCUUCAAAGGAAUCCACCCUCCCACCAAGCCUUCCUGACCUCAAUUCUCUUCACUAUGGUGCUUCCACCAGUUGUCCCGAACCCCCCCUGAGUCACCCCUGCAGCAACAAUGAUGGAGAGACUAAAGGUCAGCCUCUUACUGGAGUAGAUCUUCUCUCUUCUGUAGAUCACAGACCAGCUAAAACCUCUGCCCUUCCCUGCCCCGACCAAGCACCAAAGCCAGUUUGUGAUCUUGUGAAUGACACAGGCUCUGCCGUCCUGGUCAGGGCCAACAGUCAUGAUGCCUUCAGUGAAUUGGAUGUGGUUGAAAAGCAGAUGGAGGAGGAGCAGGAGUUGGAUGAAGGCCUGCUUGUUGACUUUGAGAGCCCUGUGGUGAUGGAGGACCAAGCUUGUCUUAAUUGUAGUGGUGGCUGUGAAGACCUAUCUAAAAAGGAACUUGCUUCAGGGAAAAAUGAUCUGCUCAGUCUGGGUUUCGAUGAGCAAGGUGGUGCUUACUCUGCCUCGCUCAGCCUUCUGGAUGUAAUUCUUCCAGCAGCGGCAGAGACGGACGGUGAAUCAGCUGUCGACUCCCUGCUACCGAUGACCGGUGGUUUAGAAGAAGUAGAGAACAAGGACUGUGAAAAGGAGGCUUCAUCAGACAGACCAGAGGAAGGGUCUAUAGAAGAAGAGGGCAGCACAUGUGCAUGGGGGGGUAAAGAAGACACAAGACAAGAAGACACUCCAGAUAAGGCAGAGAUAGUGUCUUCUGUACAGCCAGAGUCUGCUACCUCUGACAAACCAGCCAGUUUAUCGUGUCUACCACUAGCUGCGUCCAUAUGUGGAGCUCUGGGGCAGUCAACGACUGGAGAAGAAGAGCCAAGGCAAGCUUCAGAGCAGAGUGAUGAGGAGAAUGUGUCUGAAAGCACCGAGGCAGACUCCUUUUCAGCACUGGGGGCUCGACAGGGCAGGUCCUGCUCUGAGCAGCCUGUUUACCCAGCAGGGCCUGUGUGUCAGCAGAGCACAGAUGGCAGACUGUCACCAGAGGGGCAACAUGUCUCUGUUGAAGCCACUGCUGCUGUUGUUGCCCUAUCUCCAGACCCUAAUUCUUCUGAUCACUCAGAAACAGAGCCAUCUGAGUUUGGAUUCGAGUACUUACCUGAGAGCGACCAGGCUGAGCUUUUAGUGACAGAUGAGGAGUUGGAUGCGUUCCUGCAAGCUCACACUGAAGCUGAGCAGGCCAGAAAUGUCUCUUUUUGCAGCAAUCCUGGAGCGUGUUCUCGUCCAGAAAAUGUGAUUGAACCAAAUAGAAAUCCAGAGGGCGUGGUCUGGGAUGAGGAACAAAGAAACUGUGGUGGGGAUCAACAGGAAGAGCUUGAAGGUCUGGCUUUUCCAGAAAGUGACAGAAGAAUGUUUGUGUCUUCGGAAGCAUGUGUUGACCCUGGUGCUCCAUCACAACCACAAGAGUAUUGCAGUACUUUUCAAGAACCAGAGAACUUUGGUGCAAGACAUUCUUUGACCAGCCACACUUUUCCAUCCCAGCAAACUAAUAAUCCUGAUCAGCAGCCCUCCUUUGGAGGUGCAAGACCAAAACAGCUACACUGCCAAACUGCAAGAUCUCCACCAGCAGGGGAAGAAGAAGACAGAGAGCAAACGCUUUCAAAAUGGCCAAAUGCAGCAGAGGAUGAAGAAAGUCCACCCAUGAGUGUUAGUCUCACAGAAGAGGAUUCCAAAAUUAGAGAUGCAAACCUUAUUUAUGUCACUCAGGAGCAACAGGAUUACGGCGUAGGAUAUGAUGAACUCUCAGAGCCCCCACCGUACCACGGAGAGCCACCCAGUGAGGGCGCUAGGUCAGUGAAUUGGAAGAAAGAGGAGAUGGAGGAGCUGGGGUGCAGGCAGCCAGAAUGGGUGCCUGAUGCCCAGGCCCCCAAUUGCAUGAAAUGCUACCAGAGGUUCACGUUUACUAAGAGGAGGCAUCACUGCCGAGCCUGUGGAAAGGUUUUCUGCGCCGUCUGCUGUAGCAGGAAGUGUAAGCUGAAGUACCUGGAGAAAGAAGCUCGUGUGUGUGUGCUGUGCUUUGAUACCAUACACAAAGCCCAGGCAUUGGAGCGGAUGAUGAGUCCCACAGGUCCUAGUCCAAACCCCAACAUUCCAUCAGAGUACUGCAGCACCAUCCCCCCUCUGCAGCAGGCACGUGCUGCCGGCACUUUAAACUCACCUCCUCCAACCGUCAUGGUUCCUGUGUCUGUCCUCAAACACCCAAACAAUGACAGUUGCCCUCGUGAGCAGAAGCGGGUCUGGUUUGCCGAUGGCAUCUUACCAAAUGGAGAGGUGGCAGACACGACCAAGCUGUCGGUGACCAGCCGCAGGAGUUCCCAGGAGUUCAGUGGUGGCAUGUCAGACCAAACUACAUCCAGCCCAGCAGGGUCAGAGGAGGGGGUCAGUGGCUCAUCUUCAUCUUCCUCCUUCACUGAAACAUCUGGAACAGUAGAGGUCGUUCGGCCUCGUGUGUCUGGUCCCUGGGAUUAUGGCCUACUUUCAGGGAUGGGUUCUUUGGUGAAGAGGUUGCCCAGUCUGUUACCAGACAACGAUGAGCUCCCACCUCUGCUCUUUACCACAGGAGAGGACAAUGAAGGAGAUGUCUUGAUAGAGGACAAUCCUGCCCUGUGCCAGAUUCUGCACCUGUUAGAGGAAGGAGGACCACGGCCCCUGGCAUUUGUUCUCAAUGCCAACCUGCUGGUUAAUGUAAAAUUGGUAACAUACUUGGGUCGUCAGUGCUGGUGUUUUGGUUCAAAUGGUCUGCAAGCCCUCGGACAGAGAGAGCUGGUGUUUUUGUUGGAGUGUUUGCCAGAGGAGAAAUCUCUGCCCAAAGACCUUUUUACACUCUAUCUCACAAUUUACCAAGAUGCCCAAAAAGGCAAAUUUGUGGAGGAGAUGAAUAAUGUGACUUUCACGAGCAGCUUCCUGGGCAGCAAGGAUCAUGCUGGGAUGCUCUUCUUCUCUCACACCUUUCAGCCACUAGAUGGCCUCACCCUGCCCCCUCGGCCUUUUUUGUUUGGUCUGCUCAUUCAGAAACUGGAGGUGCCCUGGGCCAAAGUCUUUCCUCUCAGGCUGCUCUUGCGGCUUGGUGCUAAAUACAGUGUGUAUCCAACUCCACUGAUCAGUGUUCGAUUUCGAGAAUCAGUGUAUCGAGAGACAGGACACACAAUUAUGAAUUUACUGGCUGACUUGAGGAACUACCAGUACAGUCUGUCGGUGGUGGAGGGCCUGCAGAUCCACAUGGAGAUGGGCCACAGUUACAUCAACAUUCCUAAAAGAAGCUUCAACGAGAUGCAGAAGGUGAUCAAUACAUCCAACGAGCAUGUCAUCAGUAUAGGAGCCACUUUUAGCUUAGAUGCCGACUCUCACCUGGUGUGUGUCCAGAAUGAGGACGGCAACUACCAAACCCAGGCAAACAGCAUGCCAGGAAAAACCCGCACAGUGACUGGGGCGAGUUUCGUGGUGUUCAAUGGUGCGCUGAAGGCUUCAUCAGGCUUCAUCGCGAAGUCCAGCAUUGUUGAAGAUGGGAUGAUGAUUCAAAUCCCCCCGGAGACCAUGGAGUCUCUGCGCUCCGCUCUGAGGGAGCAGACCGACUUUCAUAUUGCCUGUGGCAGGAACGAUGGAGGGGAGAUCAGAGAAAAUGUCACUGUCCGCUGGGUUGACUGUAGUUCGCCUGUCAACACAGGCAAAACCAGUGGGGUUGAUGGGAGACCCCUGGAUGGAGUCCACAGUGUGAGGAUAAAGCAGGACGCAGACUUUGAGUCGGAUGGACGAACCAUCGCGUGCACAGAGGUCUUCUACGAACCGAAGAGUCCUGACUGCAGCCUGGCUUCGGUGCUGUCAUCCAGCAGUGUGUUUCAGAAAGAGAUGGCUGUGGCCACCUGCAGUGCUCUGAGCCCACACCUGGCUGUCCUCACCAACAGUGGAAUCAACUGCAUCUCUCUGAGGGUCUCCACGGAGGCUGACAUGGUGGAGUACCAGGCCUGUUCCGGUGGCAGGCUUCUUCCUCAGCACUACAUGAACGAGCUGGACAGCGCUUUGAUCCCAGUCAUCCAUGGCGGCGGUGCCAGCGUUCCACAGACGGCCCUGGACAUGGAGUUCACCUUCUACAUCACAAGCGCCAUCUGAGGCACGUUACACACAUUUGUCACAUACAUGAUGGUGAACAGAAACAGGAUACGAGGCUGACGGCCGUAGCAGGACGUGCUGCUGCGACAGUGGCUAAUGGCUAAUCCUCCAGCAGUACGUUCUCACGCCAAACCCUGGGGCUGUGGUGUCUUAGAGGGAUGUAAACUGACCAAGUCCAGGUUUUAUGUUGGGAAAGUGGUGGAUGUCUGUGUGUUCCAUCUUCACCAAAGCUGCUUUAAUACAAGAAGCCAAACACUAAACAAUGGACACGGAUAUAGUAAAUGCAACCAAACCAUUUUCCUAAGCUCUGGCUCCCAGGCUCCUCGCUGAUCCCCGUCAGCUCACACCAUCUCAGUCGACACAUUUUCCGCCGACGCUCUGUGGAAAGGUCUGUCAUCUUGAUAUCACAGCUACUGAAUGAAAUAUGAUUCAAAUGUGGGUCAAGACUGACUGCGGUUUUUAGUGCUCCGUGUCAUCAGGUGCUGCUGUAUCGCUGCUUAUGCAUAAAGAUUUGACCAGGAAUUAAAUUUUGUGUUAAGUCAAACUCCUUAACAUCAUCAUGUGGCCUUUUUAUCUCUUUAUUCCAAAUCUGUGUUUUAUACAAUAACACAAAUAUAUACCAACGUAUGGGUUCUCACCUAAAUCCUCCUGUUGACAAGGACCUGACCCAUCCUUCAGUUUGAUGAUUGGUUGGUAAAUAGCAUCACCACAUCAGUGAUUCCUAACCACUGUUCCACAGCACAUUAGUGUACCAUUAGAGCUCUUCAGUUGUACCAAAAAGAAAAUCGUCCAUUUCUACUUAAUUGGUCCAAAAACCAUUAUUUAUUUACUGCUAUUACAAUUUUUUUUAAAUAUGGAAGACUUAUAUUAGGAAUUGCUGCUGUAAACAAUAAAGUAAAACAAUAUUUUUGAUAUGACAGAAUUAAUUUAGCAGUGUCUGUAGCAGUGUCUUAUUCAGUAUAAGAAAAAUACACUAUAAAUAAAUCUGACUGUACCAAAUUCCCAUAAUGCAAUGCAGUAAGUGCUUUGUGUAGACAUGAAUGGUAAAUGAAAAACAAAUGAAGCGUU